AUGUGGCUAUUAUCUUCUACUCCUUUCGCCGGAGAUAUUGGAUACUAUGCGCGAUCUGAGAAUAGUCUACUUGUGGACAAAUUCAAGGAAAUGAUAAAAUUGCACGGUUAUCAGAUAAUAAUUUACGACGUAAAGCGUACGUCAAGUUUGGAGCUUUCCAUGUGGCAGCAGUCCAUUCCUUACAAGAAGCUUAGCGAAUAUAAACAGGCUCCCCAAAAUCAGAACGUAGGACGAAGUCAGGUGGUGGAAAGGAAUAAAGUAACUGACAAUGAGUCGCUUCCCAUCCUGACGCUGGAGUCGCUCCUCAACCAGGCUCUCGGAGAAGCCGGUCGACCAUCUGCGGAAUCCGCGGACGAGAUAGAGCUGGAAACCAGGAAGAAGGGGCCCGAAGUAGAUCCUCAAGGGGCCAAAGAAGAAUGGCAGAAGACCGCGAAGAUAGCGGCGUUCUUCACAAUGGCAUCGGAGAUUAAGUCACACAUUGGUCUUGUGCAAGGAGCAGGCGGUGCUCCCGCUAUGCGCAUCACAAGUUCCCAGCCUGUGCAGGACAAGAAGAGCGGUGGAUGUUUCUGA